AGUCCUAGGGAGACAGUCAGGACCUUCUGAGGAUCAGUAGCACUUUGUGACUUCACAUUAACACCCUUGAUCGAUGCCAAGGGGUGAACCGGAUUCAAAGAUUUGACUGUGUACAUAGCAGUGUUUUUUUUAAAGAGGGCUAUUAAAUAGUUUGCUGGGGGAGUCAUGAAUGUGAACAGAGACAAGGUACAACCCGCUGAUAUAACCUUACCAUCACCGGUAGUGGCAGAUCCGAUGUCUUGUACCAUCCACACUGAAGCCAUGGAUGUGAACGGGGAGCAGAGACUCCCUGCUAGUGACCUGGCUGCCUACUCCUGCCCGGCCGGCCGGGAGAGACAAGGGGACACACAGGGAAUCGCUGGCCAAGAGGCGGUGGUCGUGGCCCCAGCUCCUACCAGCAACAACAGGACCACCUCUUUCUCGGUCUUAGACAUUCUGGAUCCCAACAAGUUUAACAGCAGCAAGCGGCGGCAGUGCAGCAUUCUGUACAGAAGCGGCAGCGAGUACACAGUGGCAGCGGCGGGGGAAAGGGCUGCCAACGCUUUUUGUGAAAUUGCAGAUCGGAAAACGAUAAACGAUAGCGGGUUGGACACAUGCAAGAAGGCAGCUGAUAUCUUCAAAGAUGGAGAUUUCCUCGACAGUUACAAAGCUGAGCAGCGAGAGAAGGACUUCUGCCGGACUUUAGAGGCGGAACGCGACAGCAGCGAGACGCCGCGGCGGGAGGAAGCCGAGGAGUUGAGUGAAGAUAGCGGGGCCGGGAGGAGAGCGGGAGCGGGAGGUGGAGGCGCCCUGACCUCUCCAGGGGAGAGGAUGGUCGGGGUGGAGGGAGAGGAGGACGAGGAGGAAGAAGAGGAAGAAGAGGAGGAAGAGGAGAGCGCCACGGGAGGUCUGAGCCCUGGGAGUCCCCAGAACCAACAGAGCCAGCAGUCCCAAGCCCAAGGUGGCCAGCAGCCAAGCCAGGGCCAGCAGCACAAGAGCAAGAGGAAACGCAGCGGCUCCGACGCCAAGUCAGGCAAGCCCCGGCGGGCCCGCACUGCCUUCACCUACGAGCAGCUGGUGGCGCUGGAGAACAAGUUCAAGUCGACCCGCUAUCUGUCGGUGUGCGAGCGCCUGAACCUGGCGCUGUCCCUCAGCCUCACCGAGACCCAGGUGAAGAUCUGGUUCCAAAACCGCAGGACCAAGUGGAAGAAGCAGAACCCCGGGGCGGACACCAGCGCUCCCACCGGGGGAGGAGGAGGGCCAGGUGGAGGCGGCGGAGGGCCAAUGGGUGGGAACGGCUUGGGAGGCCCAUCGGCCGGUCACCUUGGGGGUCUCAGCCCCAUGAGCUCGGCCUCGCCGGUGACCGGGGCUCUGUCCAUGCACUCGGCUUACUCCACCGCGGGCGGGCUGGUAUGCGCCGCACAGUUGCCCUUCCUCCCCUCUCCCGCCGCCGUGCUCUCCCCCUUCAUGCUCAGUUCGCAGACUUACGGGGCACCGGCCUUUUAUGCGCCGCACUUACAAUGAAAGACCAGAGGCGAGGAAGUUGGGCGGCCGACGUAUGUAUGUAUGUGUGAGUGCGUGUGUCAGAAAAUUAGACUCCCUUUGCCUCCCAGAACCACUCAAAACAAACCAAUCAAAAGAAUAAAAACAAUCUCAUCCCUUCUAUUAGAGAGAGAACAAAUACCCCCCCACAAUAAUAGUUUAAAGCCCAGAAAUCCAUACAAUCUGCUUGUUUUGUAACAAUUCCGUAUUUGGGCUGUUGAUUAUUACAAUUGAAACAUUCACCCAUAUGCUGUUUAGAAUAACACAUCGGAAUAGUUUAGUAUUUCCCCCCAUAGUCAGAUUGUAAUUAUUAAACCUUUGCACAUUGAUUUAUUUUUAAAUCGCAGAAGUUUGAUUCCUCUUCCGUUAUUGCACACAGCAGAAUAGAAGUUCCUUCCUACACAUACUGACUUUUAAGUUUGCUUUCAUUCACUAAGGUUUUUUUUUCAUAUUGGCAUAUUAAUCACACAAAUGCGCCACAGGGUAAACCAGGAGUUCAGCCCUUCGCAUGUGAACAAGCUGUAAGCGUUUCUGCUUAUUACAGGUUAAGUUUGUUUUGAAUCCUCCAUCGUGAUCAGACGAACAUAAAUGGUCAUGGUGCAUUUCUGCGCGAUGAUCAAAAUCAGUGUCGUCGCCCCCCCC